CCUCUGCUAAAAGAAAAUGGCUACAUUGCCAAGCUGGGUUUCAACUCUUCAUAACAAAUUCUUUAACUCUACCACUCGAUGCGUGGUAACGCCGGUAUCCACAAUUAAAGCAUGCUCAAAAGAAGUCCCACUGAAUGAUAACUGUGAGAUUCUGAGCUCAAUCUGUAGCAAGAGAAGAGCUCUAUUGAUUGGAGCAAGUGCACUAACUAGUUCCAUGUUCAAUUCAAGCUUUGCAUUUGCUGAAGAAGUACCAGAGAAAUACAGAGCUUUUGUAGAUUUUGUAGAUGGUUAUUCAUACUACUACCCUGCAGAUUGGAGAGACUUUGAUUUUCGAGGCCAUGAUUCGGCAUUCAAAGAUCCAUUUGCUGCAUUACAACAUGUUAGAGUUGCAUUUAUACCGACAGAAAAAAAGGAUAUACGUGAUUUAGGUCCAAUGGAAGAGGCCAUCUUUGAUUUGGUGAAGAACAUAUAUGCUGCACCAAAUCAAGUUCCAACCAUAUAUGAAAUGCAAGAGCACACUAUCGAUGGAAAGAACUACUGGACCUUUGAGUAUAAUCUAGAAUCUGAAGCUUUUGCUCGCACAGCCUUUGCAACUAUAGCCAUUGGCAAUGGGCGAUAUUACACUCUGGUUGUGGGUGCGAACGAGAGACGAUGGAGCAGACUUCGAAAUAAACUCAAAGUGGUUGCAGACUCAUUCAGGAUGAUAGACAUUUGAGAAGUUGAUCUAAACUCAGUUUUAUCAAAGUGAACAAUUGCACUUUUGAGUGUUCAAGGCAUGUAGAAUUCAUGGCAUAUUAAUAAGUUUGACAGAUUCUUCACAAAUACAGGCAUUAAAACAUUCCCCACCUAAAAAAAAAAAA